GACACCAAAUUAAAAAUAUUCCUUUAAUGAGUCUUGACAAACGUGUUGAAAAAUACAAGGGCAUUUCUAUUUGCUUUAAUAUUUUGACGAAAUCUUUUGCUGGUCGUUAUGUCAAUUUUGGAGUUUUUGCAUUAUAUGGUGACACCGCUUUAGAAGUUGCCUUAAAAACAUCCUUUGAAAUGAUGCUCAGCGUACCACUUGAAGACAUACUUGCAUAUCCAAAGUUCUCAAAAUCAUUGUUUGAUUGGUUGGAUACCUUUACCAAUGAAUAUAUGAUGGCAUUACCAAGCAUGGAUUCGGACGUUUUUCUGUAUAUUAUGCGUGCUCUCGCGGAGGCUCCAUGUUCUUCUGCAUGCAAUGCUAUUGACCAUAUAUGUACGUUUGUGGUUCAACAGUCUGCCAUGCAGAAGCCUAAGCAACAUUGGCUUCUUGUAUAUUUAAACGAAUAUCCUACCGUAUUACCUACUUUGUUCAUAGCAAAUUUCAAUGUGGUUCUAUUUGAAGACAGACAAAAUCAAUGGUCAUUGUCACGUCCACUGUUAUGUUUAAUAUUGUUAAACCAAGAUUACUUUAAUAAAUAUACAGAAAAUAUUUUGCAACACCAAUUACCUGAAAGAAGAGAGGCAUUGAGAAAGGCUAUCAAAACUCUUAUGGAAGAUGUAGACUUUAAUUUAACUGCUAAAAAUAGAGACAGAUUUACACAGAAUCUUAAUACAUUUAAGAGAGAGUUGACUAACGGCAAUGUUAUAUUGGUUCCUCCGCCAAUGGAUGCUAAGACGAAUAUGUGA